AUUCACUGAAAGAUGAAAAGAAUGUCUCAAAAAAUAAAGUGUUUGCGCGAGCCCUCUGGACGUCAACCUCUGGUUUGUAAAGGCCAGUGAGCACCCACCAAUAUACAUAAAAAUUCACAGGAAAAUGUUGAGUAAGUGUAAGUGUGGUGAGAGGCAAAGAUUUCUACAGUCAAGUACUAAGAAACAAAGAGGGGAAGUAGUACGACCUUUAAAGCUGAAACUCAUUGUUGAAGGAACAUUAAUUAUAAAAACAGUUUUUAAAACUAUUGAGCAUAAAAAUUAAAUGUCAAAUAUCCGCCGUAGUUAGUCGCUGCUAAAAUUUGGAAGAGUAGGUCAUUCCUUGCCUUUGUUCAAAUUGUUUGCAUAUAUUAUGCAAAUACCCAGAACCAUUCGAAGAACGCCUACUCGAAGAAAGUCAAUGAUACACUCCUCUGGACCCUUUGAUUGGCUUGCCUAUCCACUUCAUUUGCAUGACGUGAUUUGAUAACUGGAAAGCCCCGCCUCCCUGACGCGUUUACCUCUCACGAAUGGACACCAGACCUGAAAUUCUUCCAGGGUCUAUGUAACUCCGCCCUCGACUAACUAAUCCCUUCCAUUCGUCGCAGUUCUUUCCGUCUUCUCCGCUGAGAGUGACCGGGGCCUAGCAUCCCUUCCCUGCGUGUCUCUCGGCUCCCAGCCGUCCGCGGACCAACUACGCAUGCGCAUCCUUUUUCUCCCACCAUCCGUCGUGUAAAUUCUGCGCCCCAACGGCCUCGCAUUCCGCCCGGUCUACGCGUCUCAACUGCCGACGCCAAGACGUCUCCCUAGCCAACCGGCGUCCUAGCGUCUGCACCGGCUCGUUUUGGGGGAGGUGCCUGCAGGACCCAACGUACUCAAUGAGCUUCCAGCGCAAUGUCCGAUCGCUCGGGGCCGACUGCCAAGGGGAAGGAUGGAAAGAAGUAUUCCUCGCUCAACCUGUUUGAUACGUAUAAGGGCAAGUCCUUAGAGAUCCAGAAACCCGCUGUUGCCCCUCGACAUGGCCUGCAGAGUCUCGGAAAAGUUGCCAUUGCCCGGCGCAUGCCACCCCCAGCCAACCUUCCAAGCCUGAAAGCCGAGAACAAAGGCAAUGACCCCAAUGUCUCACUAGUGCCGAAAGACGGAACAGGAUGGGCAAGCAAACAGGAGCAGUCCGACCCCAAGAGUUCCGAUGCCUCAACCGCUCAGCCGCCGGAAUCGCAGCCACUGCCGGCUUCACAGACGCCUGCCUCCAACCAGCCGAAACGACCCCCAACAGCCCCCGAGAACACUCCUUCGGUUCCAAGCGGGGUAAAGUCCUGGGCACAAGCCAGUGUCACCCAUGGAGCCCAUGGAGAUGGUGGAAGGGCAUCAAACCUACUGUCGCGAUUCUCUCGAGAGGAAUUUCCGACCCUGCAGGCGGCUGGAGACCAGGACAAGGCUGCCAAGGAAAGGGAGUCUGCCGAACAGUCGUCUGGGCCCGGACCAAGCCUCCGCCCCCAAAAUUCUACAACUUGGAGGGACGGAGGUGGGCGUGGCCCUGAUGACCUGGAGGGCCCGGACUCCAAACUUCAUCAUGGCCAUGAUCCCCGGGGUGGGCUGCAGCCUUCAGGCCCACCCCAGUUCCCUCCCUACCGCGGGAUGAUGCCGCCCUUUAUGUAUCCCCCAUAUCUCCCAUUCCCUCCGCCCUAUGGACCCCAGGGGCCUUAUAGAUACCCGACUCCUGAUGGGCCCAGCCGUUUUCCCCGUGUGGCGGGCCCCCGGGGCUCAGGGCCACCAAUGCGCCUUGUAGAGCCUGUGGGUCGGCCUUCUAUUCUUAAAGAGGAUAAUCUUAAAGAGUUUGACCAACUGGACCAGGAAAAUGAUGAUGGUUGGGCAGGGGCCCAUGAAGAGGUUGACUAUACUGAAAAGCUCAAAUUCAGCGAUGAGGAAGAUGGACGAGACUCCGACGAGGAGGGAGCUGAGGGCCACAAGGAUUCCCAGUCAGCUGCUGCUGAGGAACCUGAGACAGAUGGCAAAAAGGGCACCUCCCCUGGCAGCGAAUUGCCCCCUCCCAAGACAGCCUGGACAGAGAAUGCUCGGCCUUCAGAGACAGAGCCAGCUCCUCCUACCCCAAAGCCUCCCCCACCUCCACCUCACCGGGGGCCAGUCGGGAACUGGGGGCCCCCUGGGGACUACCCAGAUCGAGGGGGUCCUCCCUGCAAACCCCCAGCACCUGAGGAUGAGGAUGAGGCAUGGCGGCAGCGUCGGAAGCAAUCUUCUUCAGAGAUCUCCCUGGCAGUGGAACGAGCUCGAAGGCGCAGAGAAGAGGAAGAGCGACGCAUGCAGGAGGAGCGCCGGGCAGCCUGUGCUGAGAAACUUAAGCGUCUUGAUGAAAAGUUUGGGGCACCUGACAAGCGGCUCAAGGCAGAGCCUGCAGCCCCACCUGUUACCCCUGCUGCCCCAGCUCUACCACCUGUAGUCCCCAAAGAAAUUCCUGCAGCUCCAGCUCUGCCACCAACACCUACCCCAACACCAGAGAAAGAACCUGAAGAGCCGGCACAAGCCCCUCCUGUGCAGGCCGCCCCCAGUCCAGGGGUGGCUCCAGUUCCCACUCUGGUGAGUGGGGGUGGUUGCACUGCCAACAGCAACAGCAGUGGCAGCUUCGAAGCCAGCCCAGUGGAACCCCAACUGCCUUCAAAAGAGGGUCCUGAACCACCAGAAGAGGUUCCUCCACCUACCACACCCCCAGCCCCAAAGAUGGAACCCAAAGGUGAUGGGGUUGGUUCUACUCGCCAGCCCCCCAGUCAGGGCUUGGGCUACCCCAAAUACCAGAAGUCAUUGCCUCCUCGCUUCCAGCGGCAGCAACAGGAGCAGCUCCUGAAGCAGCAGCAGCAGCAACAGCAGUGGCAGCAGCAGCAACAAGGCACUGCCCCUCCUGCCCCAGUGCCCCCAUCACCACCACAACCUGUGACCCUGGGAGCUGUACCUGCCCCACAAGCACCGCCCCCACCUCCCAAAGCCCUGUACCCAGGUGCUCUGGGCCGGCCCCCACCAAUGCCUCCAAUGAACUUUGACCCCCGCUGGAUGAUGAUUCCUCCUUACGUGGACCCUCGGCUUCUCCAGGGCCGGCCCCCUCUGGACUUCUACCCUCCUGGUGUGCAUCCCUCUGGCCUGGUUCCCCGGGAACGCUCAGACAGUGGGGGCUCAAGCUCAGAGCCAUUUGAACGCCAUGCACCCCCUCUGUUGCGGGAAAGGGGCACCCCACCAGUGGACCCCAAGUUGGCCUGGGUUGGAGAUGUCUUUACCACCACACCCACUGAUCCUCGUCCUCUUACCUCACCACUGCGCCAGGCAGCAGAUGAGGAGGAGAAGAGUAUGAGGAGCGAGACUCCUCCGGUACCCCCGCCCCCACCUUAUCUGGCUAAUUAUCCAGGUUUUCCAGAGAAUGGAACUCCUGGGCCCCCAAUCUCGAGAUUCCCUCUGGAGGAAUCUGCUCCCCCGGGACCCCGCCCACUACCCUGGCCUCCAGGCAAUGAUGAAGCUGCCAAGAUGCAGGCUCCACCGCCCAAGAAGGAACCCUCGAAGGAGGAACCGCCACAGCUGUCCGGGCCAGAAGCAGGCAGAAAGCCUGCCCGUGGAGGCCAAGGCCCACCACCACCACGGAGAGAGAAUCGUACUGAGACUCGCUGGGGCCCCCGACCAGGCAGUUGUCGCCGUGGAAUCCCUCCAGAGGAGCCAGGUGUCCCUCCUCGAAGAGCUGGGCCUAUAAAGAAGCCACCACCACCUGUGAAAGUAGAGGAGCUGCCUCCUAAGUCCCUAGAACAGGGGGAUGAGACCCCCAAGGUCCCAAAGCCAGAUGCACUCAAGACAGCUAAGGGCAAGGUGGGCCCCAAAGAAACCCCACCAGGUGGAAACCUGUCUCCUGCACCUAGGCUUCGGCGGGACUAUUCCUAUGAAAGAGUAGGUCCUACAUCUUGCCGUGGUCGGGGCAGAGGCGAGUAUUUUGCCAGAGGAAGGGGUUUUCGGGGGACCUAUGGGGGCCGGGGUCGGGGAGCCCGGAGCCGUGAAUUCCGAAGUUACCGAGAGUUCCGAGGAGACGAUGGGCGUGGGGGUGGUUCAGGCGGAACAAACCAUCCUUCUGCUCCCCGAGGCCGCACUGCCAGUGAGACACGAAGUGAGGGUUCAGAAUAUGAAGAAAUCCCCAAGAGACGCCGCCAGCGUGGCUCUGAAACAGGCAGUGAGACUCAUGAGAGUGACCUGGCCCCCUCUGACAAGGAAGCCCCUCCGCCCAAAGAGGGAGUGCUUGGUCAGGUCCCUCUUGCCCCCCCACAACCAGGAGCUCCUCCAUCACCAGCCCCAGCCCGAUUCUCCACUGCCCGAGGUGGUCGUGUCUUCACUCCAAGAGGAGUACCAUCACGCCGUGGCCGAGGUGGGGGGCGGCCCCCUCCUGUUUGCUCAGGCUGGAGCCCUCCUGCCAAGUCUCUGGUUCCAAAGAAACCUCCAACAGGUCCUUUGCCUCCAAGUAAAGAACCUUUGAAAGAGAAGCUGAUCUCAGGGCCUCUGUCCCCCAUGUCUCGAGCUGGCAACAUGGGUGUAGGCAUGGAAGAUGGGGAGCGACCCCGACGGAGGCGACAUGGCAGGGCUCAACAGCAGGACAAACCACCUCGUUUCCGAAGGCUGAAACAAGAACGUGAAAACGCUGCCAGAGGAGCUGAUGGCAAGCCCCCUUCCCUAACCCUUGCAGCCUCUACCCCUGGACCUGAGGAGACACUAACAGCAGCCACAGUUCCCCCACCCCCUCGCCGCACAGCUGCUAAGUCUCCUGAUCUGUCAAACCAGAACUCAGACCAAGCCAAUGAGGAAUGGGAGACUGCAUCAGAGAGCAGCGACUUUGCCAGUGAGCGCCGGGGUGACAAGGAGACUCCCCCAGCAGCACUUAUGACCUCUAAAGCUGUGGGGACUCCUGGGGCCAAUGCAGGUGGGGCUGGACCAGGCAUUUCAGCCAUGUCUCGUGGAGACCUGAGCCAACGAGCCAAGGAUUUGAGCAAGCGGAGCUUCUCAAGUCAGCGGCCAGGCAUGGAUCGUCAAAACCGGCGCCCAGGCACUGGGGGCAAGACUGGCAGUGGUGGUGGCAGUAGCGGAGGUGGUGGUGCAGGCCCUGGGGGACGGACCGGCCCAGGACGAGGGGAUAAGAGGAGCUGGCCCUCUCCCAAGAACCGAAGCCGUCCUCCUGAGGAGCGACCUCCGGGACUUCCUCUGCCUCCGCCACCCCCCAGCAGUUCUGCUGUCUUCCGCCUGGACCAAGUUAUCCAUAGCAACCCUGCUGGAAUCCAACAGGCUCUGGCCCAACUUAGCAGCCGCCAAGGAAAUGUAACUGCACCAGGGGGGCACCCAAGGCCUAAGCCUGGGCCUCCCCAAGCCCCUCAGGGCUCCUCCCCUCGGCCCCCAACCCGUUAUGACCCCCCAAGGGCCAGCAGCGCUAUCAGUUCUGACCCCCACUUCGAGGAGCCAGGGCCGAUGGUGAGGGGGGUGGGCGGGACUCCCCGGGACUCUGCCGGGGUUAAUCCCUUCCCCCCGAAACGGCGGGAGCGGCCUCCCCGAAAACCGGAGCUGCUGCAGGAGGAAACUGUGCCAGCUUCUCAUAGCUCUGGAUUCUUGGGCUCUAAGCCUGAGGUCCCAGGCCCUCAGGAAGAAUCCAGAGAUUCAGGCACAGAGGCCCUAACUCCCCACAUCUGGAAUCGUUUACAUACUGCCACAAGCCGAAAGAGUUACCAGCCUGGCUCCAUCGAGCCCUGGAUGGAGCCCCUGAGUCCCUUUGAGGAUGUGGCAGGCACAGAGAUGAGUCAGUCUGACAGUGGAGUGGACCUGAGUGGAGAUUCUCAGGUGUCAUCAGGUCCCUGCAGUCAGCGAAGUUCCCCUGAUGGAGGACUUAAGGGGUCAGCAGAGGGACCCCCCAAGCGGCCUGGAGGACCCUCACCCCUGAAUGCUGUUCCUGGUGAGAGUGCAUCUGGCUCUGAACCCUCUGAACCUCCUAGGAGACGGCCACCUGCUUCCCAUGAAGGGGAAAGAAAGGAGCUGCCCCGGGAGCAGCCUCUGCCCCCUGGUCCCAUAGGCACAGAACGAUCACAGCGCACAGAUCGAGGCCCAGAGCCAGGCCCUCUCCGACCAGCCCACCGACCGGGCUCUCAAGUUGAGUUUGGCACUACCAACAAGGACUCAGACUUGUGCCUAGUGGUCGGAGACACUUUAAAAGGAGAAAAGGAGUUGGUGGCAUCAGCCACAGAGGCCGUUCCCAUAUCCAGAGACUGGGAGCUGCUCCCUAGUGCUUCUACUUCAGCUGAGCCACAGCCCAAGAGCCUGGGUUCUGGGCAGUGUGUUCCAGAGCCCAGCCCUUCAGGUCAGCGUCCGUACCCUGAGGUCUUCUAUGGCAGCCCUGGACCUCCUAAUUCCCAGCAGGUCUCUGGGGGUGCACCCAUCGACUCUCAGUUACAUCCCAACAGUGGAGGCUUCCGUCCUGGGACACCCUCAUUGCACCAGUACAGGUCACAGCCUCUGUAUCUGCCCCCAGGUCCAGCCCCUCCCUCGGCACUGCUUUCUGGGGUAGCUCUCAAGGGCCAGUUUCUGGAUUUCUCAGCACUGCAAGCCACAGAGCUGGGGAAGUUGCCUGCUGGGGGAGUUCUCUACCCUCCGCCAUCCUUCCUCUACUCUGCAGCUUUCUGCCCCAGCCCUUUGCCUGACCCACCCUUGCUUCAGGUACGCCAGGAUCUGCCAUCCCCUUCAGAUUUUUACUCUACUCCUCUGCAGCCUGGUGGCCAGAGUGGCUUCCUUCCUUCGGGAGCCCCUGCUCAGCAGAUGCUUCUACCUGUGGUAGACUCACAGCUGCCAGUGGUGAACUUUGGCUCCCUGCCACCAGCGCCACCCCCUGCUCCACCCCCCCUUUCUCUGUUACCUGUGGGUCCUGCUCUCCAGCCCCCCAACCUAGCUGUGCGGCCCCCACCUGCUCCUGCUGCUCGGGUCUUACCUUCACCCGCUAGACCCUUCGCCCCUAGCUUGGGGCGAGCAGAGCUGCACCCAGUAGAACUAAAGCCUUUCCAGGAUUACCGAAAGCUGAGCAGCAACCUUGGGGGUCCUGGGUCGUCACGGACUCCCCCAUCUGGAAGGCCCUUCUCUGGUCUCAAUUCCCGUCUCAAGGCCCCACCUUCCACCUACAGUGGAGUAUUCCGAACUCAGCGCAUUGACCUCUACCAGCAGGCUUCCCCACCAGAUGCCCUGCGCUGGAUGCCGAAGCCUUGGGAACGGGCAGGGCCACCUUCUCGAGAAGGGCCUCCCCGAAGAGCAGAGGAGCCUGGGUCCCGGGGGGAGAAGGAGCCUGGAUUGCCCCCACCCCGCUGAGGGAGUUCCCCUUGACCCCCAUCCCCGGGGCUUGUAUAUAGAUUAUAAAUAUAUAAGGGGGAAAGGGGUGGGUGGGGAGGGGUUGUGGGUCUGGAGUCUCACUUCCCCUCUUCUCCUCCCCUAGUCCCCUAUCCCUGGGGCCGUUUGUUAAAAAAGAAUAAUAAAAGAAUUUUAAAAAAAAAAAA